AUGCAGGAAACCCGUGGCAAGACAGAAGCCUAUAGCACUCACUGUAUGCGUACGCAGCACAACCUGUUGCAGAACUCGUACGGUCGGAAACCAAAAUGGAACCAGUAUAAACGCGUCGGGCACCUCACAUACAAGCUUGACCUCCCCGGCGCGUGGAGAAGGGUACACCCGGUGAUCAGCGUGCAGCACCUAGAACCUACGCUAGCAGAAGGCGACGACCCGUAUGAACGAGAACACGGCAAAGGACCAACAGAAGAUGAGUGUUUCCUAGAUGAGACCGACCGCUAUAAUGUGGAAGGCCUCUCGUACGAGGAAGCGGAAUAG